GGAUCGGAACGAUCUUAUGCCGCGGUAGAUCGACGCGCUUGUUUCCGUUCACAUGGAGAAACACGGAAGCGUUCGUCGCGCGCUGAAGCGUCAGAAACAACGCGUUUAAAAGGACACAAACAGCAGAAGAGCACGAGAACGAGAAUGCGCGAGCCGGAUGCCGUUGGUCGUCACACUUCUCUGUCUCUGCGUUUUAAAGAUGGGCGGGUUUUCUGCAUCUGUCACUCAAGCCACCGUCCAAUCAGACGUGCUGUGUCACGACUGGGGUGUGUGGAGCGAGGCUUCGGUGCGUGUGUAUGACGGCGAGGUGUCCUGGAUCUACUGUCCUCUCUUCUCUCAUCCCACGCUCUACAGUUACAGCCAGACUCAGAACAGCAGUCUGUCUCUGCUGUGGUACCGACACACACACACACACGACCUCGAGCAGCCCAUCAACCUCAAACUACACACACUGCACAAAGACCGAGAGUAUCUGUGGAUACAACCGGCCACGGCGCAGGACGCUGGACUCUACAUCUGCAUGCUCCGCAACAUCUCGUCGUGUGUGAAGAUCGGCGUGGAGCUGGAGGUCGUUCAGCGGGAGGGAGAGUGUGACGCCGGAGCUCGAUCUCACCUGAACCUGACUAUCCCGUUCCAGAGCGACCGAACACUCACCUGUCCCGACCUGAACACACUCACACUGCCCAACAGCACACACUCCGUCACCUGGUACCACUUAUGCAGCUCUGAUGUGUUCAGAAGUGACCGAGAGCUGAAAGGAGAUGAUCUGGUGAUCCACCGGAUGAAUGUGGUGUACGCCGGCCUCUACACGUGUGUGGUUUCAUAUCAGAUGAAUGGACGCACACUUCAGUUCACGCGCCGCAUCAACGUCACGGCUGUUGUUCCCGACAUCGGCAGAAAAGAGCCCACCGUUCUGAAUCCGGCGAGCGGUCAGACCUACACAGUGACUCUAGGAGAUCAAGCGACGCUGUCCUGUCGGGUGAAUCUGCCUCACCUGUACACAGAGAAGCAGGAGAUCUGGUGGACCGUCGAUAACAAAACUGUGGAGCAACUCGCCGACCCGCGGUUCAGCUCACCUGAGGCCACGCUUUUUUCGGAGUAUUACGGCGAUGUGAUAAAGGAACGAGUCCUGCAUGUGCUGGACUUUUCUUCUGAUGACCUGCAGAGGGAGUUCAACUGCUCCGCCAGAAACAGCCGCGGCUUCGACACCAGCAGAGCCGUGCUCAAGAGCCAGCUGUACGUCCCCACUCUAGAGCUGGGCUGUGGUUUAGGUGUGACUCUGGCGCUCAUGUUGAUGAUGUUCGUGGUCUAUCACGUGUUCUGGCUCGAGCUUCUGCUGCUCUAUCGCUCCUGGUUCGGCUCGGAUGAGAGAUACACAGAUGAUAAGCAGUAUGACGUGUACAUCUCGUACGCGCGCAACAGUGAGGAGGAGGAGUUUGUGUUGUCGACGCUGCGCAGGGUCCUGGAGACUGAGUUCGGCUACUCCGUCUGCAUCUUCGACCGGGACAGUCUUCCUGGAGGAAACCUGAUGGAGUCGGUCCUCAGGUGUAUGCAGGCGUGCCGGCGGCUGCUGGUGGUGUUGAGCUCGGACUGUUUGUGCGAGAAGAGCGUGAGUCUGCUGGAGUGUCGUCUGUGCUUGUACCUGCAUCACACGUCGCGCGCCCCCAUCAUCACCGUCAGACGCCGCACGCUCAGCGCCUCGUGCGGCGACAUCACGGAGCUGCGCAACAACUCCACCUGCAUCCGCUGGCACGGGGCGCGCUCUGAGCAAAGCAACUCUCGCUUCUGGAAGCUCCUGCGACUCGCACUGCCGCUGCGACCUCUCGCUCUCGGGAAGAGACUCAUCGACAGCACUUCCUCACACUCAGACCUGGCGUCCGUGGCUACGCGUUACACGCAAGCCCAGACGGUCUCCCUUAGACACUCUGGCAAAGGCGGUCGGGUCGGAAUGAGGCAUUUGGGUGUAAGUGGGCGGGGCUGCAAUAGAAAUGGGCGUGUCUGUGAGAUGAAGGGGCGUGGCUGCGCAAUCUGUGUGAGUUUUCAAGAAAGUCGUCAAAUUUGGGGUGGAGUUAUCGCUCCUCAGUGGAACACACACCUGCAUCAGCCUGUGGCGAAUGGAACGAUACAUCACACCACACACAACGCCAACACCGAACCUAGCAACGACCCCGGCAACGACCUCUGCCCCUGUGAACCAGUCAACAACAACCAGACAAAUGAGCUACAAACCACACACUGUUGACACGCACACUGCUGGAAACUGCAGAUCAACCAGUGAAUAUUAUGAAUG